GGCCCCGCCCCUUCUCCCUGCGCAAGCGUCCUGCGGGCCGUUAGCUGUCAGGCUGGACGCGGCGGCGGCAUCCUGGGGCUGUCAGCGCCGACCGACCCGACACGAUGGGCAACCGGGAGAUGGAGGAGCUGAUCCCGCUGGUGAACCGGCUGCAGGACGCCUUCUCGGCGCUGGGGCAGAGCUGCCUGCUGGAGCUGCCGCAGAUCGCCGUGGUGGGCGGCCAGAGCGCCGGCAAGAGCUCGGUGCUCGAGAACUUCGUGGGCCGGGACUUCCUCCCUCGAGGAUCUGGGAUUGUAACAAGACGGCCUCUUGUGUUGCAGCUCAUUACUUCCAAAACAGAAUAUGCAGAAUUCCUACACUGCAAGGGGAAGAAAUUUACAGAUUUUAAUGAAGUUCGCCAUGAAAUCGAAGCUGAGACAGAUCGAGUCACUGGGAUGAACAAGGGCAUCUCUUCCAUCCCUAUCAAUUUACGAGUCUACUCUCCACACGUAUUGAAUCUAACCCUCAUCGACCUACCUGGGAUCACCAAGGUGCCUGUGGGAGACCAACCCCCUGACAUCGAGUACCAGAUCCGAGACAUGAUCAUGCAGUUCAUCUCCAAGGAAAACUGCCUCAUCCUGGCUGUCACACCUGCCAACACUGACCUGGCAAACUCGGAUGCCCUGAAGCUGGCAAAGGAAGUGGAUCCUCAGGGCCUACGAACCAUUGGAGUCAUCACCAAGUUGGAUCUGAUGGAUGAAGGGACUGACGCCAGGGAAGUCUUGGAGAAUAAGCUGCUACCUCUGCGUAGGGGUUACAUUGGAGUGGUGAAUAGGAGCCAGAAGGACAUAGAUGGGAAGAAGGACAUCAAGGCAGCCAUGGUGGCUGAAAGGAAGUUCUUCCUCUCACACCCGGCUUACAGGCACAUUGCUGACCACAUGGGUACCCCACAUCUGCAGAAAGUCCUCAAUCAGCAACUCACUAACCACAUCCGUGAUACCCUGCCAAACUUCCGGAACAAGCUGCAGGGACAGCUGCUGUCCAUUGAGCACGAGGUGGAAGCCUACAGAAACUUCAAGCCCGAGGACCCCACCCGGAAGACCAAAGCUUUGCUGCAGAUGGUUCAGCAGUUUGCUGUAGAUUUUGAGAAGAGAAUCGAAGGGUCAGGGGAUCAAGUAGAUACCCUGGAGCUCUCAGGAGGCGCUAAAAUCAAUCGGAUUUUCCACGAGCGCUUUCCUUUUGAAAUUGUAAAGAUGGAAUUUAAUGAGAAGGAACUGCGCAGAGAAAUCAGCUACGCCAUCAAAAAUAUCCACGGCAUCAGAACAGGGCUGUUUACUCCAGAUAUGGCCUUUGAAGCGAUAGUCAAAAAGCAGAUUGUGAAGCUGAAAGGACCAUCUCUGAAGAGUGUGGACCUGGUAAUGCAAGAAUUAAUCAACACUGUCAAGAAGUGUACCAAAAAACUGGCGACCUUCCCCCGACUCUGUGAGGAGACAGAAAGGAUAGUUGCCAACCACAUUCGGGAUCGAGAAGGGAAGACCAAGGACCAGGUGCUGCUGCUGAUUGACAUCCAAGUCUCCUACAUCAACACCAACCACGAGGACUUCAUUGGCUUCGCCAAUGCUCAGCAGAGGAGCAGCCAGGUUCACAAGAAAAACACGAUUGGAAAUCAGGUGAUUCGAAAGGGCUGGCUUACCAUCAGCAACAUUGGCAUCAUGAAAGGAGGCUCAAAAGGUUACUGGUUUGUCCUGACAGCUGAGAGCUUGUCCUGGUAUAAAGAUGAUGAGGAAAAAGAGAAGAAGUAUAUGCUGCCCUUGGACAACCUGAAAGUCCGGGAUGUAGAGAAGAGUUUCAUGUCUAGCAAGCACAUCUUCGCCCUCUUUAACACAGAGCAGAGGAAUGUAUACAAAGACUAUCGCUUCUUAGAACUGGCCUGUGACUCCCAGGAGGAUGUAGACAGCUGGAAGGCAUCGCUGCUGAGAGCUGGGGUCUAUCCCGAUAAAUCCUUAACCGAGAAUGAUGAGAAUGGCCAGACAGAAAAUUUUUCCAUGGACCCCCAAUUAGAGAGGCAAGUGGAGACAAUCCGCAAUCUCGUGGACUCCUACAUGUCCAUUAUCAACAAGUGUAUCCGUGACUUGAUCCCAAAGACCAUCAUGCACCUGAUGAUCAAUAAUGUGAAAGACUUCAUCAACUCCGAGCUCCUGGCACAGCUCUACUCUUCAGAGGACCAGAACACGCUGAUGGAGGAGUCGGCUGAGCAAGUCCAGCAGCGUGACGAGAUGCUGCGCAUGUACCAGGCUCUGAAGGAGGCACUGGGCAUCAUCGGCGACAUCAACACUGCCACCACCUUCACCCCAGCGCCACCGCCUGUGGACAACUCCUGGAUCCAGCACUCCCGAAGGUCACCCCCUCCGAGCCCCACCAACCAAAGGAAGCCGACGCUCAACAGCCCCCUCCCUCGGCCCACCUCCAGUCGCGGGCCUGCCCCUGCCAUCCCCUCUCCUGGCCCCCACUCAGGGGCUCCCCCAGUUCCAUUUCGGCCAGGCCCAUUACCCCCUUUUCCCAACAGCAUCGAUGCAUUAGGGGCUCCUCCACAAGUUCCGUCUCGGCCCACAAGGGCCCCGCCAAGUGUCCCCAGCCGAAGACCACCCCCAUCACCAACUCGUCCCACUAUAAUCCGCCCGCUAGAAUCCUCCCUGUUAGACUAAGGAAGUGGUUGGCAUGGCAAAUUAAUUACUAACGAAUCCUGCAAAGGUGACCUGUUUGCUAACCGCAGCUGUAAGUUGUGAGUAGCCCCCCACGUGGACCUCAGUAGGUGGUAACCAGUCUCACUAACGUGCCCCUCACCACUGUGGCUCAGGGGACCAGGCUAGACAAGCUUCACCCCUGAAAACUGCUGCUCCCUUGAGGCUGGACGGUUGAGUCCACCAAGGCUGAACCACCAGCCUAGCCCUUGGCUCUUAUUCAAACACACAUUGGACACGUUUUUCCAGGUUACGGGAAAAGGGAUCCCCCAUCUAAAGCCAAGCAAGCUGGAGUCGCCCACCUGUUCCCUACCCACUAGGUUUUGGCUGGUAUGGAUGUGGUCCCCUCGGCCUGUUCCUCUCCCUCUCUGUGUCACAAGACUGUUUGAAAGUGGCUCUAUGCUCACAUCGGGAUUCCACAGUGAUCGAAAAAAAAGGAAAGUGUUUCCAGAGGCAUAAGAAGGUUCACAGGGGCAACAUGAAUGCCGGCCUUGUUCCACACAGCUGUGCCUCCUAAUGUGUUUUUGCUCUGUGCUAGAAGGGUUUUCAAUAACAAAUGGAAAGUGGUUUCUCACUGUCGGUCAGUAGGUUUGGCUACUGUCACAGUGAAAGGUAGGAGCAAUAUUUGACAUCGCUAGAAGAAGACAGGGGUAGGGGCAUGCAUUGUUUUCUAAAAUAGUUGGGGAUUGGAAUGAGGCUAACUUGAGCAAUAUUUAAUUUUUCAUGAGGACCCAGAUUUAGACACAACUUGCUUUGACUCCCUUCAACUUAUCAUUUAAUCAUUUGCUUGGAGCAAGUCAUUCUCUCUUUCCAUGCUAACAUGGAGCUCCUUGAAGGAAGAAUGUAUCUGUUUUUUGAAUGGAGGUCACACCUGGCGGUGCUCAGGAGUUACUCCUGGCUCUGUGCUUAGAAAUUGGCAGGCUCAGGAGACCAUAUGGGAUGCCAGAAAUCAAACUGGAGUCCAUCUGGGGUUGGCCGUGUGCAAGGCAAACAUCCUACUGCUGUGUUAUCACUCUGGCCCCUGUAUCUGCUUUUUAUAGAGUAGGUUGAAGGUCAUUUUAUAUCCAGGUUCUCUUCCCAGCAAGUCAGGGGCCUCAUAUAAGUUUUCCCUUCUCAAAUGGAAUCUGGGCUAAAAGGGGGAUAUCAAGCAUUAAGAACUGAGCCAAGAGAGAGCUCGCCCUUAGAUUUGUCUAAUUUUGUGCUCUCUCUACAGCUCCUUUUUAAAAAAAAAGAAAAAAAAAGUA